UUGGCAAGAGUAAGUGCUCGUUGUGACUACGCUUUAUUUGUGGGAGCCUCAACGACGAAUUGUGAUACAGCUGCUGAAUUAGCACCUCAAGCUGCAGCAUUAAAAAUGUAUCUCAAUCAAACUUUCACAACCUUAAGGUUGGACGAUAUGACUGUUUGGCAACGUCAUCUUCAGAACUGGCCGAAAAAAAUGCCUAUAUGUGCCCACGCUGAGCGUGAAAAGACUGGCGCAAUCAUUUUGAUGGCGUCACUAUUGGACAGACCUAUUCAUAUAUGUCAUAUCGCUAGGAAAGAAGAAAUUUUGAUCGUGAAAGCGGCUAAAGAAAAAGGUCUAAAAGUAACUUGCGAAGUAUGUCCACAUCAUUUGUUUUUAAGCACAGAUGAUAUAAGUAGCAUUGGUGAAGGACGCGCUGAAGUCCGUCCGGUUUUAUGUAGCCCACAAGACCAAGCUGAAUUGUGGAAAAAUAUGGAUAUCAUUGACGUCUUUGCAACAGAUCAUGCUCCUCAUUCCGUCGAAGAAAAGGAUUCCGAAAAGCCUCCCCCGGGCUUCCCUGGUCUUGAAACCAUCUUGCCUCUUCUUCUAAACGCUGUCCAUGAAGGACGUUUGACAAUAGAUGAUUUAAUUAAUAAAUUUCCAUAA